GUCUUAACAACAAGAUGUCGGCACGGCGGCAACAAAUUUUAUUAGAAAAUUUUUUGACAAUUCGAACGUCAAACCAAAAGAGAGUUCAAUAUGUAAAAGAAAAGUUGACAUUUGGAUGUCAUUAAAGCAUAAAGACAAUUUUUAUUUCAAAUGCUGUAGAUUUUUUAGGUGUUUGAAUGAUUAUUUAGUGUUAAGUUAAUUGAUUAUUAAAAUGGGCGAUGUUGAUUAUGAUCUUGACACUACUGGAGGUCUUAUGGACCAAAUACAAGCUCUAUUAGCACCACCAACAAAUGAACAAACUCCCCCGAAAAAUGGUAAAGAAACAUCGAAACAUCCGUACUAUAAACGACCUGGAAAAGGACAUAAUCAUGAUAGUUGUGAUGCUUGUACCGAAGGAGGUGACUUAAUAUGUUGUGAUAAAUGUCCAGCAAGUUUUCAUUUACAAUGCCAUGAUCCUCCAUUAGAAGAAGCUGAUAUACCACAAGGACAAUGGCUCUGUCAUAUGUGCCGUAAAAAUGCCGAAAUAAAAGUGAAUAAAAUUACAAAUUCCAAUGAAGAAUCUGAAAAUUCACGAAAACGUUUGCGUAGACAAGCAUCCAGUGCGUCAACAUCCACACCAGAAGUUACGAACGCUGCUCAAAAUGUGUCAUCGUCAACGAGUUCUUCACGUUCUCCAAAUAAAAAACAAAAACCGAAUCCAUUGGAAGUUCUUGUUCAAGCUGCGAGUGUACUUAAUCCAAAACAAUUUGAAUUGCCUAAAGCUCUUACAGUACCUUGUCCAUUUCCUGGUACUGAUAAAAUUGAAAUUUUAACGAAUCGUAAUGGCCGCCGACAACCACCUCGUUCGAAUGGUAAACAAGUUAGAAAACCUCAUGAAUUACAGCCGGGUGGCAUUGUACCAUUACCCGCACGAACAUGUUUUGAAUGCGGACGUUCGUGUCGUGUUGCGCCUCUUUUGGCUUGUGAUUAUUGUCCAUUAUUUUUUCACCAAGACUGUUUAGAUCCACCGCUAACUGCACCUCCCAAUGGACGAUGGAUGUGCCCAAAUCAUGUAGAACAAUAUAUUGACUCCAAAUUAGUGACAACAGUAUCGGCUACAGAACGAAUUAAAUUAUGGGAUCGUUUCACUGGCCCAAUUGAUCAAGAUGCAAUCAAAACAGAAUUUAUCCGAAAAGCACAUUGUAGGAAUCCACCAUUUCGAAUUAAAGUGAAUUUGGGUACAAGAAGUCGUGUUAAGGUUCCAGGUCUUGUACGAUAUCAUUACAAACAUCCGGUCGAUUUACUGCCUAGUUUACGAGAUGUUCGUCGUGCUCAAUGUGUGCUUCAACGAACAGAAGAUCCAUUUUAUUUUGAUAAUCGAUCCGAUGAUUUUUAUUAUGACGAGGUGGAUGAUUUAAUGAAUUCGGAUCGGACAGGUAAUUGUCAAAAUAAUAAAAUUGAAACAUCGUCACAAGAUAGUGGAAUUGUUGACUACGAACAUGGAAUUGACAGCAACAACAGUGCUGAUAUUAAACAACCACCUUCAACGAAUGCUACUCAAUGGAAUGGCCGUCGAUCAAGUAAUUGUAGCAAUGGUAGCAAUGAUGAUACAAGUUCACAAAUUUUAGCUGCACUAGGACAUGAUAUUAAACUUCCUGAUGUUGUAUCAAAUAUUAGCCAAGAUGUGGAUCGUGAAUUGAAACAGCUGGAUGAUCGAUUAGUACGGUUUCUUGCAUAUCAACGACUGCAACAAUUAUCCAAAUCCGAUUUACCCGACAUAAAUAAACAAAAACCACAUAAACAUAUGCCCUUACCAAGUGAAUUAUUAACACCAGCCGAUAUUGAACGAAUUUCAAGGGUAUUCCUAAGCCCUACUAAAUGUAAAUCACCUACUCCACCACCGCCACCUCCUGCACCGCCCAUUGUACCUACGAAUACAACACUAUCGUCGGAAUCAAUUACAACAUCAAUACAAACCGUAGAUUUAUCGGAUGUGGAUACACGUAUUCGAGCACGUGCUAUUUUAUAUCCAGUUAUUACGAAGAAUAUUAUUGAAACAGUUGAAACGAUCGAUGAGAAAUUAUCACAAGCGACAGCAAUGCGUUAUCGAUCGUUGUCGAUUGGACGAGGUCCAGCAAAUCAUGUAGAUAUUGAUCGAUAUGGUAAAUGUAAUUUUGUAUCAGCCAAGCAUGCUGUGAUAUUUUAUGACGAGGCAGCACAAAAAUACGAAUUAAUAAAUUAUUCAGAGCAUGGCACUUCUGUAAAUAAUGUUUUAUACACAUGUGAUUUUUCAACAAAACGGACAAAACAACAAUCAUUAAUUGCUGAUAUUGUUGAAAAACGUAAAACAGCAAAAAUGGCUGCCGAUAGUAGUUCCUCAUGUAGUUCAACACCAGUGCAUAAUAAUAAUAAUAAUAAUCAUAAUAAUAUUAGUAGUACAAAAUUAACGUGUCGUUGUGGUCAUGGUGUACCCCCAGAACUAACUGAAGGAUGGGAGGGUACAGCUAUUUUAUCGCAUGGUACGUUAUUAAAAUUCGGUUGUAUAUCAUUUGUAUUUUCAAUAACUGAUGAAACUGGUGUGUGAAUUUAAUUUAAAAUAAUUAGUUUAAAACGAAAUGAGCGUGUGGCGUGUGAACCCAACAAAAAAAAACUUCAAGUUUAUUUUCUACGAUUUGAAUAUUUCAUCUUGUGUGUAAAAUAUCGCUCAAAUUUAAGAGAAAACAUAAAAAUAUUUAAAAUAAAAAGAAAAUGGUGCAUAAUAUUAUUAUUAAAAAAUGUAUGUGAAAUCACAUUGUAUUUUUUUUUUAAAUUAAUAAAACAUACGCUGUCUGUGUUCGUUAUUUAAUCAAGAUACCAUCACGGUAUGACGUCAUUGAAUAUAGAUGUUGCUGCCAACUAAUUAACCGUUCAGUUAACAACCUAGCCUUUUUACCAAUUUUUUUCGUAAACGCAAUGAAACUGUAAAAAGUGGAACUAAAUAUAAAUAGCUAGACUAGGCAAAUAAUUAAACGUUAUCGAUUCAAGUUAUUUGCUUAGCUGUUUGAUUGAAUGAUUGAAUUUCGUUCAAACUGCUAGUUGAAAUGCGCCGUUUUCUAAAGAGGCUAGGCUGUCAAUUAAACGGCUAAUUAAAGUUGGCUGCAACAUAUACAGUGUGUCCCCGGAUAGAGGUAAUUA